AUGCCUUCAUUUGCCAUGGACGCAUCGCUCCAGCAAUCUGAACCCCGUCUAGCUGGUCUACUUUACUUGCCUAACGAGCUCCUGAUCGAGAUUGCCAGCCUCGUUGACCAUGGAGACAUUCCGGCGUUGCGCCUGGUCUGCAGCCGACUUGACCCCAUCGCAUCGCCAUUCUUGAUCCAUACUAUCUCAGUCAGACAAACCCAAGAAUCUCUAGACUAUGUCCAACGAAUUCUCGAAAAACCACUCAUUGCAUCUGGUGUACGUGCCAUUACGGUCAACCUGGGCCACCGCUUCAAGUCUCUCGCGCUAGACAAAUCACGUUUCACCCAAGUCCUUGAAGACAGUAUGCUGGGCAUAUACUGCCUCGGUCAGACCAGGCAUCUCUCAGAGUCCAACUGGAGAUUCAAGAGUCGGACCCUUUGGGACAGGAGAGAUGUAUGCAUGUUUGAUUCCGACAGGUGGCGAGAGUGGCCGCAUAUGCGAGCCGACGAAGCCAAGCCAAACGACGCCGAGGAGAAGUACGAGCAAUUAAUUCAAUCGGCAUAUGAGCGCUACAAAAAAGAACAUCAUGAGACGUCCCGUAUUGCAUCAGAAGGAUCUCUUGUUGUUGCUUUGGUCAAGUUAGUUUCCUUCGCGAAGCGCCCUCUCGUCCUCAAAUUUGCGAAUGUUGACGGCUGGUAUGAGCAUAUGGCGGCUCCGGGCCCAGAAACCAUGGCCUUGAACUAUAUGGCGAACACCCCCUGUUUAUUCUCGAUACCAACAAGAGAUAGGAAGUCUGUGAAAGAUGACAUGGCAUUACUGGACGGGAUUAUUUGGGACCUUCCCAUCGCUCUCCACCAGGCAGGGUGCAUUAUCCAUACUUUCAUUUUGAAAAAUGUGCUCAACAUCAUGGGAGAUGAAGUGAUUUUUGCAGAUGCACUAUCGCCAAGCAACAAUAAGCUGAACCAGCUCCGACAAGCCCUGCAGAACCUAACCCAGUUCGGGAUUACCCACUUGAGGCAUAUGAAUAUGCCUAGGAAUGCGUAUCCUGAUCCGAACCACGCUAUAAAACCACCUGCGAAACGUCUCAAGUUCGGGGACUUGCUCCGUACAUGUUUGUCUGGGCCAGGCCUCAGGUCGGUACGGCUGCGUGGUGAUGCAUCGUCGGAUUGGGCGACCUGGGCAGAUCCGCCAUACAAGAGAGCAAAUGGGAAGAGGCUUACCCCCGUACCCACAUGA